CCCUCCCUCCUCCCCCUCCUAAUUUCUGUCAGCGCUGAGCACAGCUAGAGGGAGAGAGGAGGAGAUGGCGGUGGCUGAGACACAGCUGUAUGCAAAGGUGUCCAACAAACACAGGAGCAAAAGCCCCUCUGUGCUCCUCGAGUCUCUCCUGGCCAAAGGAUUCCCAGCUCACAUCGCGCAAAAAGCCUUGGUUGCUACUGGUCAAAAGUCAGUAGAAGAUGCUGCAAAAUGGUUGCACUCUCACUGCAACGAUCCCUCUUUGGAUGAUCCAAUCCCCCAGGAGUAUGCUCUUUAUUUGUGCCCCACUGGCCACUUGUAUAACUGCCUGCAAGAGUUUUGGAAGGAGAGCAAGCGCCAGUGCGGGAAGAACAGAGCCCAUGAGAUUUUCCCUCACAUCACACUCUGUGACUUCUUCACGUGUGAAGACCAGAAAGUGGAGUUACUGUAUGACAUCUUAAAGAGAAUCUGCAACAGCUUUGCACAGAGAUUUCCACCAACUAUUUCCCUAUCACUACACUCAUCCACCAGCUACCUUGGUUUCUUUGUUGGUGACAGCGACGCAAAUGUCCUCAAAGAGUUUGCUGUGGCCUUCUCUUCAGAGGCUUCAGCCCUGGCAGACUGUCACGUGAAGCCCUGCCUAAAGCAGCUCCACCUUACCUUGGCUCACAAGUUCUGUCCUCACCACCAGAAGACUUUGGAGCAACUCGCCAAAUACAUUAACCCAGAGGAGACCUGCCACUGGGUAGCUGCUCUCUACUCAAGGGACAUGCGUUUUGUGCACUACCAGACACUGCGGGCUCUCUUCCAGUACAAGCCCCAGAAUAUUGAUGAGCUGAUGAUCAACGCUGGGGACUUCAUCUACGUCAACCCAACGCAGCAGUCCGAAGUCAGCGAAGGCUGGGUCAUCGGGACCUCGCACCAGACUGGGUGCAGGGGUUUUCUUCCUGAAAACUACACAGAGAGAGCCAACGAGUCAGACACGUGGGUUAAGCACAGGGAAUAUGCUUUUGUGCCAGCUUCAAAAUUUUCCACCCAAUCCACAAAUGAACCUAAUGUUAAGCUGAAUGAAGAAUUCCGUAAUCCUGUUAUGUCAAGGAGUGUAACUGAUGUCCUUUCACUUCAGCUUUCUCAGAACACCAGUCUGCGAAGGGGUGUGCUGGUGAUGCGCCAUGGGGAAAGAGUUGAUCAGGUCUUCGGGAAAUCCUGGCUUCAACAGUGCUUAACUGCAAAUGGAAAAUACUACAGAGCAGACCUCAACUUUCCUUCCAGCCUACCAAAACGGAAAGACAGCGUGAAGCAUUUUGAGCAUGAUCCUCCUUUAUCUUCCUGCGGUGUUUUCCAGUCAAGACUUAUAGGGGAAGCUCUGCUGGACCAGGAGGUGACUGUCAGCUACGUGUACUCAUCACCCGCCCUACGCUGCAUACAAACAGCCCAACAUGUACUACAAGGGCUUAAAUUAGACCAAAAAGUCAAAAUCAGGGUGGAACCAGGACUGUUUGAAUGGACCAAGUGGGAAGCAAGCAAAGCAAUUCCAAACUUUAUGACUCUCACAGAACUGACAGAGGCUUCUUACAACAUAGAUACAAGUUACAGGGGAAACAUCCCACUCUCUUCUCUGGUCCCGUCAGAAAGUUAUGAGGAAUAUGUGAGCAGAAGCUCUGCAGUUAUAAAAGAGAUCGUCACUGCCUGCCCCAGCAAAGGUGUCAUCCUCAUUGUGGGGCAUGGCUCUUCCUUGGCAUCUUUCACCCGACCUCUGAUAGGACUCCCUGCCAGGGACAGCAACGACUUUGCCCAGGUGGUCCGAAAGAUCCCUUCUCUGGGCAUGUGUUUCUGUGAAGAGCUCAAAGAGGAGAAGAAAUGGCUGAUGGUUAAUCCUCCAGUGAAGACGUUAACUCAUGGAGCAAAUGCAGCAUUUAACUGGAGAAACAGUAUCAUGGAAGAUUAGAAGGCUAGCUUUGUCCUUGCAGCUGCCAAAAACGAUGUGAAGAUAGCUUAUGGUACAGCACAGUCCAAUGAUUCAUCUAGAAAAGUUAGAGUGGAUGAGAGUUGUCCUCUCUGAGUAGUCAAAGCACAGAGAGCAGUUUGGUGCCUGAACUCUUCUUUUCAGUAACUGAGGAAAAAGAACAUAAGACCUGUCAUACAAGAGAGCAAAUUCUACUGCUAAAGGCACUCUAGUAGACAUUAUUACAGCUUCCAAGACCAAAAUACAGCCAGUUCACAUGCAGUAAAAAUUACUUGUUUCCUGCACUUGUAUACUUUCAGUCAGGCAGAGAAACAGAGGCUGAAAAAAGCAAUCUCCUACCCUGAGAUAUCAGCUCUACCUAAAGCCAGUUGGUUUCCUGUUGACUCCUCCAGUUCUGCGAGAGCACAGGAGGAGGGGAAAUACCAUACAGACAACAUGUUUACCUCUGCUACAAAGCAGGUUCGUUUUCCACCACAGCAGUUCUCCCGCUCGGUGUUUCCACAGUGAUCUGUGUUACAAAAAAAGGCUUUCCUCCAGAGAAAGUUGAACCAAUUGCUUUAGUGUUACUGGGGCAAACAAAGAUGCCCUCUGUUACUGUACUGGUAACAAAAGCUUGAUGUGAGCAACUCUAACUGCUGAACUCUUCCUGAGAUGACACUGGCAGGACAACAGCUAUGCUGUGUACUGUUGUGUGCCGAAUCAUAUAAAUGGUGACACACUGACAGAUGGGUUGUCUGACUGGUCUCUGUAGCUCUUUGCUUCAUUAUUUGUUUGAUUAAAGUGUAGUCCCAAUAUUUUAUGCACAAACAGGAGCAUGCCUACACAGGGCAAUGUUGAGCUUCUUUUCCAAAUGAUCCUCUCAGAUAACUGCCUCUAGGAAAGCACAAGUUUUUCUUCGAAGGAAAGCAGAUGAUUUGAGGUUUCACUUUCUCUCUUUAUAUGACUAAAAAAAACAAAGGUCUCAUUACCACUCUUCUUCUCCCUGUUCUUUCUUGGUAGGUCUAUCUUGACAUCUCUUUGCACUUGCGCCUAUAGCAUGGGGGCAUGCAAGGGGAGUCCAUCCAGCACACAGGAUGUGGGGCAUCCACCAAGCACCCUUAACAGUGGCCUGGAGACCUCCUGUCUCAGUCUUGCCCCUGAAAUCAUUCAUUUUGGCCUCCCAGAUCUGGCAAGGACGCUUGGACUCUUUUUUGUUGUUGUUGUUGUUUGUUUGUUUUUUAACAGCUUUGGACACCAAGGGGUCAGGAGUGGCAUGGGAUGAGGACCUGGCCCUGGGCAUGUCAUUCCCUGGUGCUUCCAGCUUGAUUUCACCUGAAGCACCAGCUCCCACUUCAUGGUUCUCCCAUGGGAUCUUCCUGUCUGUGAAUGCUGCUGCUUUUAGUGAGAUUUAUUCUCAUUUCACCAAGUGACUGCCAUCUGUAUCACAGGUGCCACUGGAGAAUAUGCGAGGCCAGAGCUGCCACUGCAGACUGAAGCCCAAAUUCAGGGUGCAGAGAGUGGUGCCUGGGGCUCUGACUGGGUGUGCGUGGUGAUGGCACUGGUGUGGGCUUCUGAACUGAGCUUUUUUCUAGGAAUACAGCCUCCAGAUGGAGAAAUGGCUCUGUUUUAACGCAUGGGAGCAGCUAUACUUUGCUGCUAUUUCACACUGCUAUUGUCCCUCACCUCUGACAAGUUCCCUUUUGGCCUCAAAGACAGCUUUGCAGUCUGUGUCUCAGGCCUCAGCCCAUCUGCAGUCCCUCCUCCCCGUGUGAAAAGAAAUGCAGGCAAAUGGCAAGCUGGGCCUUUCUCCUCCAGCAUGACACAUGCUUGUGCAUGGCAUAAGGGUCUUGUGUUCGGUGACGCUUCCACCUACACUGUUUGGAGCCAAAUAAAAGCCCAGGUGAGGAUAAGGAUGGGCAGGAGCAAUGGCAGUGCUCUCAGUUCAUGUGACAGGGGAAAAAGCUCACUGCUGAAAUGGCACGUGUACCUUCCUUUAGAACGAUAAAACACAAAACAUCUUUUCUCUCUUCAUCCAGCAGCAUCAGAUCCAUUUUCUGUGUGGCUCCACUGGAGCAGUGAUCUGUAGGUACAGUGUCUUCCUGUUUCUUUGAACAGUUCUCUUGUGCUUUUAACACUGCAUACAACAUAGCAAUGAAAUACGGUAUUCUGCUUUUCAUGCCUCUCCACCUGCAGAAUACUUCUAACAGCCAGUUUAUUGCUCUCUAGCUCUGUUCAUGUUACUAAGUUCCUAUCUGAAACAAGUGUGUGCAGGCUGCUUGGCAGGGCCUUCCUUACAGGUGGGAGCAUAGGGGAAGAAUUCAACCAAUUUACCCAAUUCUGUGAUGAGAGAGCCCACAGAGCAUCCACAAUCCCAUUUGCGAACCAAAUAUGCUUGGUAGGAAGGUCGUUAAGACAUCUGAACCAAAGAGAAAGACAGUGUAUUGUUUUUCACCACAUAUGCACACCAAAACAAUUUUAAAUUUGGUGAAUACAGUGAAUUAAACCUCAGAGCAUGUGGGAAAGAGGGUUUGGGGCCUUAAGCAUUUUUCUUGUGGUGUUUUCUAAGCCACAUACUGCACCACUGAGCCGAUGAAGAGAAAUGCUUUGUUGUAAAAUACUCUUUAACUUAUACAGACUUCUUUAUUUCAACCAUCCCAAUAAACUGAACAGACUGAACAGGCAGCAGAUAUGGCAACCUGUAUUCCAGGCUCAAUGAAAGGGCAAGGACAAGCUCUUCUAUCCACAAGCUCCCCUAUUUGGGCUUUCCUGGGACCCCAUAUGAGCACAGACUCAAGUCCAAAAAACAUUGUGUAGAAUCAAAGCUGCAAUCAUAUCUUUCUUCUACAACCCACAAUCUAAGAAUCUACUACAAGGAUUCUUAGUUGUAAUGACCGGUGCUCAGAAGAGAGACAGAAUUCCUGAUGGGAUGCAUUCGUCGUAUGGAAUAAAUCGCCAAACACGGGUAAAAUGAAGAAAAUGCCCUCAGAAACUUUGAAUAUUUUUGUAGUAAGCAAAAGAAAUGGAAAACCCCUUUACAGUUUCUUGAUUUUUUAUGCAGCUUCAAAAUUAGAUAUUACCCCAUUGUAAUUUUCUUUAGUUGGAUCUAUUUCAUUACAAAGUUGUAUACUUGAACAGAUAAUUCUAGUCACACAUAGAAGAUCUGAAUGUUUUGCUUAUAUCUUAAAAACUGAACACGUAAAUUCUUUUGAUAAAGAUGUACAGUGAAGUUAAUCUCUGGUGACACCUUGUGGGAAAAGAAAACCUCAGCCUUACAUACCUACAUAGGAUCUUCAGGUGUGAUUGAAGGAUGGGGGAGGAGGGAAGCGACGCUUAUUGCUUUUUUAACAAGAAUGAGGAACAUUCAAUUAGUCACUCCUCCCGUGCUCUUUGAAAAGACAAUAACAAAGAAAUUCAUCAUUUAAUAAUGAUUUUAAGCACACAACUUGGAGAGACACUCGAGUCCAGUUCUUCUGAAAAGCAGAAGAGCAAAUCUGUGGUGUCUGUCCUGAUUUUUCCGAAGCCCUUUGCCAGCACUGAUAUUUGUUCAAAGCAAAUGUGAAAAUCUGUCGACUCGGAACAGUAGUUAUUUCUGUUCCCUUUGCACCAUUUUAAGCCAUCAAGCAUUGAUUAAAGCUGUGUCACGGUUUUAUGAUGACAAGCUGUCAGGUAGAUUUCUGACUGUCUUGGAGGAUUUAUUACUGAAAUACUCCAGAGCACAAGGACACUUUCUGAAAAGAUUGUAUGCAGCAGUUUUUGGUAGAUCUGCCCUGGAUCUUUUGGUGCUUUUUUUAAAUGGAUGAUUAAAAAUUAAAAUGUUCGUGCCUCUUUGGACUUGGGAACAGCAUAAAAGUUUUGAACAAACAGAACAACGUUCUCUGGUGCAUAGGAAGGAAUUAGAGAAUCAUUAGAUUUUACAGUCCAGCUUUUUGUGGAGAUCUGAUACCUCUCAGGAAGGGUCUGGAGAGGCCAAUUGACUCUAACAGCUGAUUUAGGACUGUGUUCAGUGUCUAUAUCCUUCAGCAGUAUUCUGGCUUUUAAUCGUAAAAUCAAUGUAAUUAUUGUGUGAAGCUUGAGAAGCUGAUAACUAGUCUUGGAUUUGCAGUUCUCAUUGUUUCCUCCAUGUCUUGUGGAGGAAACUUCCUGGUGGGUCUUGCAGCCUCGCUCUUUCCCCAGGCACAGAACUUUGCUUGGGAAGCAAAUUCCCAGUAGUCUGCUAUGUUCAAAAGUAGCUUCAGCAUCUUCUGGCAGCAGCAACUCAUCUGUUCUCUUCCAUUUCUGCAGUUCACAGAAUCAUAGAAUCACAGAAUGGUUUGGGUUGGAAGGGGCCUUUAAGAUUGGAACAGCAUAGGCUAGUAAGCCCACUAACCCAUCUGCAAGGCCGUGUCUGCUGAAAUGGAUGUUUUCAGAUCUCUUUCAGAUCCUGUCAAUCUGCUUUUGAUUUUACCACUGUUUUUACUUAAGCUUCUGUACUGCCCAAAAGGGAGUCAACCGUCAAUAUUGUUGUCUGCAUUCAUUUGGUAGGUUUGCUAUUUAACACAAACCUUCAAAUCUGUGACCCCAAUUAAGCAACGGGCCAGAACAGUUCGGAUGACAAAUUGAGAAAGCAUUUAAAAGCUGUGGCAAAGACCAGAACGCCCCAGUCUCUUUUGUAAGAGGGCAGCAUAGGAGCACACUCUCCAUGUUGGCCUGGGAGCAAAGAAAGAUAACUGGUAGGUUCAUGGGUGCUUAUCUCAGAGAUCAGGCCCUGUGGAUGACUUAUGGGUCCAUCCUACACCAUUUUGUACUACCAUGAGAAACUCUCAGGUUAAAUAAUUGACUUAGUGACUGUUUCUCCAUGCUCUUUUCAGUUGGAGGGGAAAGAAUCUGUGGGCUCCUGACAGAGGGAGCUCAUGAGAGCUUUACUGUCCUGAGGCUGAUGGGGUUGGAAAACAAGCCUGUACCCUUUACAACAUUUCCCCAAAUCUGGUGUAGUUCUUAGGAAUGUCUUGUAGCACAAAGUCGGUGCUGAAUACCUGUGUAGACAUGGCCUCUGCAUACUCCCAUGGAGAAAACCUGUGCAAAACCUCCAGCUGGCAUCUUCCUGGGCUUCCUUUACUCUUGGUAAGGAAACUCAGGAUGCAGCCUCUCCUACCUCUCACAAAAAAUAAAAAUAGGAGCAUGAUGAUAAAAAACAUUCAACCCACUUCACGCAAAGGUGCCUCCUUAAUGGAACUACUUGUGUAAUUAAGCAUUUGGAACACAAGAGCUUAAAUCUGAAGCACUUCAGUGCUUGUAUUUCACUGGAGAGGAAAAGCAAACAGAGAUGCUGCUAACAUUCAAAUAUUUUCUAAUUCACAGCAGGGAUUUAUGUUGCAAAUUUGUUUAUGUAAAUUCACCAAUGCAGUUUUGACAGAACACAUUUAAAAUAUAAUGACUUUAUUUCUGUCUUUUGGAGCUCAUUUUACUCUAACUUCUUUAGUUGCUAAGACAUUGUUUCCCAGGUGUCUUCUAGGUUUCUCUUGUUACCUGUGAGCUUGAACACUGAAUAAAUAAUACAGUGCAAUAUAAAACAUGAAAUAUAACCUAUUAUCAGUACCAACUCAUUAAAAGUACCAACUUAUUCAAAAGAAGCUUGCUGAAGCAUCAGUCUUUUUGAAAAAAAAUAGCAAGCUAGAUGUAUUUAAGAAAUGGGGUUUUAUGGUCACACAGAACUUGUGUGAGAAGUUGUUAAUCUACAUUGUGGUGUUCAAUUUAACAUCAUCUGCUACACCAAUGUACUUGAGGGAGGUUCAGAAAUUGUACAGCACUUGAAAGUAAUUGCGCUAUUUUAACAGCCUCUGAAGAGUCAUUUGUGUAAAUGCCUCUGCCAGUGAAAAUCUCUGUGAUUCUGUAGGCUGGAAAAUGCACUGUAAACAAUUGCUCCCCUUCAUGAAUGGAGCCAUGCCAUGUAUUCUGGAUGGAAGAAUCAGGAAUGUGCUUACAAAUAAAAUUUCAGAUUCUCUAGCUAUCUGUGCUCUUCUGCAGGGCUAAAAGGCAAAACACCAUCUUCUUUGCUGUAGUUUCACCCUUCACGUGCUCACAUGGAUUAGUAGUGAUUUGUGCAGAGAUCUUUGUGUCCGGGCCAAACGUGGAUAAACACUCUCAGAACAAUGCUGACAUUUUGUCACUCUAGUUAAUAACAGUGUCAGUUAGCUUGGUACUACUUGGUCAGAACAGCUUGGUACUAAUGUGGCUACAGCAUAUGGACCUUUAGCUAUUCCCUGCAAAGCACUCUAGUGUUCUUGGUGAAUGUAAGAGUUAACACAGCAAUGUGUGCGCUGCCUUUCUGUAGCCAUGUCCUAUUAAGUCUCUUAGGGAAACACGGUACAGGUAAUCUCUUUGCUGAGACUACAGGCUGAAUAGGGAAGGCUACCAAGACCCUUUCAAGAGGACAUCACUUUUUGGGGCAUGUAUGUGGGUAAAUUGUUGCAGUCUUUCAAUAAUUGAAGGGGGGCUCAUAAGAAGAAGAGCAAGAAAUCUUUUUCAAAGGCAUGUAGUAAUAGAACAAGGGAUAAUGGUUUAAAACUAAAAGAGAGUAGAUUAAGAUUAGACAUAAGGAAGAAAUUCCAUAUAAGGUACAGGCACAGGCUGCCCAGAGAAACUGCGGAUGUCCCAUCACUGGUACUGUUUGAGUUCAAGUUGGACGGGGCUCUUGGUAAUCUGGUCUAGUGGAAGAUGUCCCUGCCCACGGCAGGAGGGUUGGAACUAGAUGGUCCUUCCAAUUAAAACCAUUUUUUGAUUAUAAGCAA